CUAUUGAUUCCUUAUCUAAAAUGCAAUUAAGUUCUACAUCAAGAAAAAAUCAGCGUGAAAAAAAAGCUAUAUCAUCAAUUCAUAGGGAUAAUAUUAUAAAAAAGCUUUUAAAAUAUCAGAAUAAUGCAAUAGUUGCAAAUAUUAAUGAUUAUUAUAACAUUCAUGGCUUAAGAAUGCCAACAACUACCUCCACUAAACAAUUUCUUUAUUCUGAAGAAGAUUUACUUAACAAUUUAACUAUUCAUUGCUAUAAUAUAGAUAUUCAUGAAAAACGGAAAGAUCAACAACUUA